AGCGGUUAGUUUAUUUACAACACCAGCUGCUGCUCUGUUUCGUCUGAAACAGCAUUUAACACGUGAUUUAUUCUAUUUAUUUACGCUGUGGCUUUUACGGACCGCCUUUUUCUGUCUGUUUUCCUUUUUUUUUUCAGUCGACACCGCUUCGGUAUCAUCAGUUGUUGACACUGUCAGCGCGACUAACGGCUCAGUGCUGCGGGUAGCUUCGGGCUAUUUUUAACGCCAAACUGGAAAUAAUUCAUGGAAAAGCGAGUUAUUCUCGAGGUUUCUGCGUUUUCGCUCCUCUCUCGUUGUUCGACGCUCAGUGUGGACUUGUUAAUUUGUGCUCUACUGUACACAGCUGAUGGUCCAUCAAGCAGCGAGCAGCCUGUCAUUGAACUUGUGUGAUGACUACAGGCUACAAGCUACAUGCUAGCUCCAACUUCAUCAGCACAAAGCUCCACAACAUGCGGCUUUGUUUUUACGAGGCAACUCACCGCUGGACUGUUUUGCUGACCCCAAGACUGAGGCUGUAAACAUGCUUUUAACGGCAUAACUUAGUUGUGUAUAAUUCCAUGCUCCUCCAUGCCUUUGUUGGCAUCUAAUGGAAGAAAAAGCACCCAUUAGGUCUGCCAUGGUAUCCAGACUGCCUAAGUUCGGUGGACGCUCCUCGACUGGCGGCACUAGCCCCCUUACCAAUGGUUCUACGCAGCCAACCACCCCUACCCAGGACGGGAAGACCACUCCCCCCCACGCUAAUGGUAUGAGCCGUGCAUCUCCUUUUUCCCUGAAAUGGAAAAGAGAUGAGGUGACGACCAACCCCGCCACUCCCACCAGCCCCGGGGAUGGAGGUGAAGACAAGGCUCACAUACAACUUCCCUCAUUGGUAAAGGAGGUAAAGAAUGGCUCUCCAGCGACGCCUGUGAUGCGCAGGUCAGGUUCUUUGAUGAUGGCUGUGUCUAGCCCCAAGGCAAUCCCUAAGCAAUCCUCAAAGAUGAGUCCCAAAGUGGGGACCAAGUUAGGCUUAAGCCCACUGAAUGGAGGCUCUAAAACUGGCCAUAACGGCUCCAACAUUCCCGCUCGCACAGGGUCAGAGUCUCGCCUUGUGCGGCCAAGGUUAGGUUCCAGCUCCCCCAGAAGCAGCUCUCAAGACAGCCUUUCACAGUCCAGUGAAAGCCUCAAGAUCCUGGCACUGGACAACAUGGUUCGUUCAAACAGCUUCACUCACUUCAAGCAGAUUCCCUCACCGACCAGCGAGCCUAUGAUACGGUCUUUCUCCUUUAACCGGGCUGUGGAGCUAGCCAAGCCUCUGGCCAAUACUCAGCUCCGACCUCCUCGGAGUAGUUUUCUCAAACCCCCUCAGCUGAGCAAUGGAAGAGUGGGUUUAGGAGUUAAUGGCAGCUUUGGAGGACUUCAGAACAACAGGAAUACUCAAACCGCCUCCUCUUUGCCCAGCCCCUCAAUCUCUCCAGCACCUGCGACUCCCCGGGCUCUAAAGAAGCCUCUGCUGCCCAGCUGUGUGCUGACCAAGUCACUGGGAAGUAGUGGGGGACCUUUGGGUUACAGGCUGGCUCGAUCCAGUCAGGCCAAACAGCAGAAACCUCUUUUUCCAGGUCUGGCCAAGGACGAUGUCAGAUUUUCAGCUGCCUCUGAAGGUGGAGGGCUGUUAGGUAUAGCAAUAGACACUGAGCCAGCUGCUGAGGCUGAGAAAGCAGAAUCUCACAGUGACAGUGAUGGAAGCUCUGGAGAUGGAGGAGUAAAAGGAGGAGGAAAUGGUGCACUUAGACAGAACACUGGCCAAGCAGCAGGCGAGACCCUGGAGGACAUGUCCUUAUCUUCUGCCUCUUCGUUAGACAGAGGCGACACCAGUGAAGAGUUUUUAGAUGACUUUGACAGUGUGGGAGAUGUGCUCAGUGAUGGGGACCUGCCUGACAACAGGAAAGCUGACAACACUACGCAAAACCCCCUACACAGCUUUCUCAGUGACACCCUCGACUGGGACUCUGUGGAUCUUGCCGGGCAUAAAGAAGACAGCCCUAUGCAGGACUCCCAGGAAUCACUGGUGUUGUCUCCAGAACAGGGUGAUGCCCCCCAGGUUUCCUCUGUGGAGCUGUCACCCUCCAACAGCUCUGGUGGGACUUACAUGUGGGAUGAAGAGGGUCUUGAGCCGAUUGGGGGGCCUGGGACUCAUCCACUGGACAGCUACGACGACUCAGAGCUCAACAGCAUGGAUAUCCUUAACAACCUGGACCCUCCGGGAACUGGAGAGUUGGAUGAUGACGACCUCAUGCUGGAUGUGGACCUCCCAGAAGAUGGCUUGCACGAUAUUGACAGGAUGUCCCAUAUCGAGCGCCCGGACCGGGGCAAUCGGCAGGGCCAGCGGCGUAGAAACCACCGCUGGAGUGGACCCGAUCGCUUUAGCAACGAUAGCAGGGCCUUCCAGCACUAUGAUGGUCUCAAAGCCUCGAGGAUGUCUUCACGGCCUGUCUCAUCUGAAGGCAGGCAGCAUGGCUACAUGCCCAUGCUGGAUGAACUCACCCUCGAGCACAUGACUCAGGACUGCAGCAUACUCAAGAACCAGCUGCUCAGGCUCAAAACGUUGCUACAGCUUGAGGAUACAGAUUCUCCAGCAGAUGUUCCUGAGGAGACCGAAGACAAUACCAAUGCAUCACAGGUGGAGGCGCUGAUUAAGGAAGUGGAGGUGCUCAGACAGGAGCUGAGGAGUCGAGACAAGACCAUUGCUCAGCUCACGCUGCAGUGUCAACAGCUGCAACAACAACAUCAGCGGGAACAAAUGCCUGCUCAGGGACGUCAGGUGAGGUGUCAGUGCCACCACCAGAGGGCUCCCUCUUCUCUACGACAGAGCGACAGGCAGAUGGACAGACGGAUGCAGCACCACUAUGACAAGGCCACUCAGACGUACUGGAGACCACCAAACCAAGCUCCUCAAAUACUACAGCCUUUCAACCCCAGUCGCAACGAGCACCUCCACCAGGGAAGACCAGUAAGAACUCCCCCCACCGCGGGCCGCAGUGACCUCACAAGGAGUAGAUCGGAGGAAGGAACCCGUUUAAAUGCUGACCGUCCUCUUGAAGCUCUUCUGGCAGAUGUGUCUGAGCCAGAAGGCCCUGACAAGCUGAGUCAUUUCCCCAGCUCCAACCUGCACUGCCUGGGUUCUUGGGCUCCACAGGGGAUAACUGCCAGAGACGGUCCAGCAUCAGCAGCGCAGUCUGCAGCACAGCAUGGGUGGAAAGCCCCCGCUGUGAUACUGCAGAACUCUGCCACUCCUGAAUCUGCUGGUUCGACUUGCCCUCGCAUGCUGCAGCCUCCUCGCCUUCACAAGCGCGUGUCUCUCCCCGCACUCAAGCCAGGGGGCGCUGGCGGCUUUGCCUCUCUGAAGCCAGGGCGUUCCUCUGGGCCGCCGGCUAACCAGACCAAGCAGCUGCCGCCCCCGUCUAGAGGCCUUCCCUGCUUCAACACCGGACCGCAGGUGCAGGCUCCCAGUCUGUGUCGUACUUCGCUGCUUCAGCCUCGCAGGAUAUCAGAGCCUUGCAGGGAUCCACGGCGCACCAGCCUGGAGGAGCCCAGCCAGGGGACGCUCAAAGACCCUGGGUCAGCCAAGAUCCUGAUCCCUUUGAGUCGCUCAUGCCUCCCCAAGCCAAAGAUUCCCUGAGGAGCUUAAAUCCACCCUUCAAAACCGAAAACGAGAAUCACUCUGACAUUGAUUUUUCAUCCCGUUCUCCUCGUAGCCAUCAUAGCAGCGCGAUUGUUUCACUUUUUUGAGUGUCAAAUGAACAAACCCUGAGCUCACGAAGCCCUACGGACCAUUCAGGGACCGCCUGUGUCAGGGACGUCGGUAUUGUGACUGCUGUCUGUACAGUAUUGUUUCUAAAUUAGCUCUCACAUCUCCAUCAUGUUUGAUUGACUGAAAUCCAGUGUGUAGCAGCAUCUCGUCUUGUCACAGCAAUGUGCAGCGAUGCGUGACAGUUUUCAGAUGGAGGUUAUUUUAAGAAGAAGUCCAGUUUAUCAGCUUUGCACAUGAAUGCCGCACAUGGAAGUUACAGUUCAGAGAAGUCAGCUUUUUUUUUUUGUGUGUUUUCUUUUGUAAUCCCUGCCGGCUAAUGUCACAUUUUAAAGUCUAAGUUCACUUGUCCUCACACAGCUGUGCUCUCUGACACACGGGCGCAUUUGGUUUUAAACAUAGAGGUGACGUGAUUGUGGCCUUUUGCUGUGUAAUAGAAGGCCCAGGGGAGGAAAACAGAGGCAAAACAAGAAGUGGGAAAGAAAGAAAGCAAAAAAGUGAAAGUGAAAUGGAAGGAGGGGGGGCUGGAGAGUGAAAAGCAAAUUCAUCAAAGCGCUCUGGAGCUUGUCACUUCCAGAAUGAAAAUAUGUUUGUGUAAAAGAGGAGAGCAGCUCCACGGUGUAGUUGCAAAUCCUUCCAGUUCAGCUCUCCAGACUAAUAUCCUGAGUGACCCUCUACGCUCGGUACAUAACGGCAGAACAGGGCGCAGACCCGCUGAGUAAAUGCACCUAUGAUGGAAGUAUACGCACAUAAAAACAUAACACCGUGCUGCCGGUGGAGAUAUAAUUAGGAGAAACAGUGUGCAAGUGAGGAAUUAGCUUUUAUAAUGUAGCAGAAAAGAACCGCAUGAAAAAGAAAAAAAGUUAAGUGUGCUCACAAUGGAAAUUCACUCGCACCUCAUGUGCACACACAAAAUCCACUGAAGUGUCUGUAAUUUCACGGCUGCUUUGUGCAUUCCUUCGAUAAAAAACAGCGACGAGUAAAAGGAGGUACGAUGAGAGGGGGUGACAACAUGCAAGGAAGCAAAUUUAAUAUCUGAGUUGUAAAAUUCUUACUUUAAAAUGAACAAAAACAAAAAAAAAUCUGCCGGUAAUGUGAUUUAAUGUCACUCACUUCCACUACAAAAACAAACAAAAUAAUGUCACAAAGCUGAAAUUUGGAAUUCAUUCAUCGUGAAUUGAUGGAAAAUAAAAAAGCCCAGGUGGAGAAAAGCGACACUUGAUUCGCUAGAAAAGAAUUUGGGAGUAAAUGAAGUAAGUUGUGAAGAGAUGUGUGCAGCUGAGAGUCUUUUUUUUUUUUCUCCCCCACCUUCCUGUCACUCUCCUCCUCUCACUGUCUUGCAUGUCUCUGUGGGAACAUCAAAGGUAUUAUCACGGUAUUUUCAGGUAGGGAGCCUUCGGGGCUUUAGUGGCGUUUCUGUGGGAGUUUUUGCAGAAUUGUGUUUAUCGCCCCUUUUCGCCGUCAAACGCUCCCGAAAAUGUCCCCCGAACGGAGAGCAGCAGUGUGUUAAAAAGGCCUUCUGACAGCAACUCUGCUCUCUUCUCUGUCACGCCGCGUGACCGCUUGGUGUAUGCCUCUGGCGGUGUCCGGUCUACUGCGUCCAAUAAUGCACCCUACAUAGACAGAGAGGACACACACACAUCACACACACACACAUCACACACACAAGUUUUUAUAGAUGCACAUGUACAGGAACUCUGACAAAACUCAAAGAGACGUGAAACUCAGAGGGAACACACACACACACAUCGGUUCACACUUCCCGGCAGCCGCGCACCUACACACACACACACACACACACACACACACACACUCUGAAUUCUAUAACAAAGUCCAUGAAAGUGGGUUUGUGUUGUUUUUUUUUCCGCAAAAUGAGCUCUCCAAGCGCACACUGAUCCAUCUGUCUGCUGUAGCCAAAAAAAGAUGUCCAUCUCUAGAUUACCCCGAAAAAACAAAACAAAAAAAAAACUCAGCAGAGGCUCGUGUGUGUGUAUGUGUGUGUGUGUGUGUUUUGUGAGUCAGGAUCCAUGUGGCUGAUAAAACAUGUUUACCUGUUGGACGGCUCAACAUUGUGCCAAACCAGCCAAGCAAGUCAACACCGCUCUGCGAAGCCAAGAAAAAAAACCCAUUUCUUUUAAUGAAAGCGGAAAUGGAGACGGAGGGGGGAAGAUACAUACGCAGCAUCAGAAGGAUGCACAGCCAGAGACAAUAAAAACGGAGCUGGGAGGAGGAAGAAGAAGAAAAAAAGAAGCAGAAAACAAGUGAUCAAGUAGUUAAGGUGGUAAUGAUCAAGAUAAGCUGUUUUCUGUCAGACAUUAUUGUUUGUGAAUGGCUGUCUAUAAAACGUCAGCGCGGGCGUUUAUCAGAGAGGAGGGAGAGCAGACAGAAUGCAUAGAAUGUUUGUUUGUCUGCAUUGUGGGUCCAGAGAAUAGCCCGAUCCUUCAGCUGUGUCACUCACUGCUAAGUAAUGCCAAACAGGAAAUCAAUGUUGCCCGCUGUGUGUAUUUGUGUGUGUGUGUGUGUGCGUCUCCAGACACCUCUGGCUGCCAGUGUUCCCCUCUUGGAUGAGUGUGUGUGUGAGAGAAAGAUGUGUCUGCCCAGGCCAAAGGCAAACCCAUGCCAGCGUAAACAGGGCAGUGCCAUCCUUCUCUCCCUCUGCUGUAUUCCCUAUCUCCAAAUCAAUGUCCCUGCUCAGUUUAGCAGGCAAGCCAAUCAGUCUUGCUAGCUAUGCUAUAACAAAACCACAACUGGGCUAAAAAAAAAAAAAAACUCUCUGCAGCAAACUCGGAUCAAUUCGAAUGCGGAACUUUGAUUUACUUUAUUUUGCAAGAAGGCACAGAAAUUAUUAAGCUGCAUUGCACAACGGGGAGGUUGUUAUUACCCCGAACGACACGGGACCGAAACCUUUGCUGGCACCUAGCACACGCGAUCUAUUUAUAAAGGUGCUUUCCUGCAAUACAAUGAAGAUGCACGUCAAUGGAGGCUCAUUACUUGUAAACAGGAAAUCCAUUGAUGUUCAGAACGUACGGUGGAGCGAAUGCACAAGAAGAAAAGAAACCGGCAGCACAUUUGCAAUUUGAAGCCACUGGUUUUGCUAUAAAGCUAUCGCUGUAUGCUAUGAUCAAUAUUUGUAUGCUAACAAAAGAGCACAUAACUUAAAAGAUGGAUUUCUUUAGCAUUUUAGCGCCCUUUAGCUCGUUGUUUCCCCACAACUUUCCCAUCUCGUAUCUCACAUGAAUGUUGCUUCCGGAUGCAGCUGUUUUACGACACACAAAAAAACCACUAGCUGCCUGAAACCGCACUGCAAAGAGACGAAUAAAGUCACACAAUAGAGCUGUAACGAAGUGGUGGAGACCCAAAAUGGAGCUUAAAGGAGAAGUGAUAUUGGAUUUGUAAAUACGACUUCAAGUAACGCUGCUGAAUCUGUAAGCUGCUGUUUCUGCUGUGGUUGAAAAAAAUCUAAAACCAUUAUCUGGAUCAGCUUGUUUCCCCCCUCUCUGCUCCUGAUGAUGGUUUUAAAGCCGAAUUCUGCGUUUGAAACUGAAAAAUAUGCCUUCAAUUAUCUCUUAGAGGAACUCUGCUGUUAUACUUGACUUGUGGUUUCUGUGUACGCGGUACAGCCUGCUGAUGUACUUUUACGGCAGUUUCUUCUCUCGAGUGUUGCUCUUGUCGUGUUCACCGUAGCAGAAAUACCAACUAGAAGUAUUAGCGGAUAAAGCGCCACGGUGUAGCUGUUCAUAUUUCUUCCCACAUUAUGCAAGGUCACUGUAUUUAUCACUACCUGAUCUCCUACGUCAGCCGCUCUCAGCUGUUCGACAUUGUCUCCAGUACACUGUGCAAUAUUGUCGGAAGCACCAAGAUGAGGGAGCGUUAUAUUUUUAAGCAACCUUUUAUGCAAAUAAAAGCAAAUAAAGCUUUUUAAAAAUUCUAAUCUGAAGCACUUUAAAUGACAUUAACUGGAUUUAGAAGCUACUUCAUUUGGUUUUUACAGUAGCUGUUUUCUUUCUUUUCUCUCUCUCGGUUGCAGAAUCUUAUUUUCCCAGGAAGCCUCGUGAGACAGCAAUAAAGGUCGAACCGAAAGGAAAAAAAUAAAAGGACGGGGGUGUUUUGACUAAUCUUCCUUUGCACCUUUUGGUUCUUUAAUAAGUUGCUUCCAUCCGAAAUUGUUUACAUGCUCAUCUCCAGACGUGUUUUUACCUGAAACCGUGGGUCGAAGGCAAAAUGUGAAAACAUCAAAAUGGCGGAUCGUCGACGAGAGGCCGCAGGUCACAACGCUUCUCACACUGCUGAUCUCAGUUCAAGAUAAAAGAGAAGCCUCGUACUGUUCUCCAUUGUUUUCACUGUCUGCUGGUUGCAUUUCUGUGGAAAUAAAGUAUGAUUUAAACUAUGAAA